GGAUGGGCAGUUCAAAAGGUCGCCGAUGACGUCAAGGAAACGUCACGUAAGACGUCAUCAAACGUCUCGCACAAUCGUUGGUGUGUAUUUGCUUAUGGAGGGUCGAGAAGACGACGAUUUGGUGGAGAAAACGGUGCGUUUAGUGCUCGACGGUGUCUGUGCGAAGGUUGGGCGAGAGAAUUCGGAUUUAGAUGGAAGCAGAAGAAUUGCGGGCAUUUGUGACGUUAAAGGGCGGCUAAUGCGAAAGCUUGUAGAUUAUGGAACGACGGAAGCGGAAGAGAGCGGAGAGGACACGGGGAAGGACGGAGCAGAGAGCAGUGGCACUAAUUUUGUGUUGAAUAAUACGAGAGCCCCGGAUGUGGUAUAUGUAGGCAAACAUGUGGAUGGAACCUUGUUUGAUGAUGAUGGUGGAAAAGUCAAAAGUCAAGGGUCACGUGUUCCUACCACUGACAACGUCACACAGUCUAAUGUACCAGAUGAUAAGUCGGACUCAUCGUCCGAUAGUGAUAGUUCGGAUUUCGGUUCGUUUUCUGGUGAAGAAAAGAGAGAGGUGAGCGUGGAGAGCGAGAGUAGCUCAGACGCAAAAUCCGAGUCUGCCGAUGAGGAGAGUGAGGCAAACAGUGACGAACCCGUAUAUAAAUUUGAGAAGAAAGUUGUCGUGAAAAUAGAGAGUGAUGAUAGUGACACGGGAGCGACUCACAACGAGCCGCCAAAAGUUGAAGGUGAAUUACAGCUUCGCGAUCUUCCAACCGUGUCGCCGCUGGAUUUCGUUCUCUCAACACACGACGAACUAGACAAGAUCGGUUCGGUUCAUUCCAUCGUCGACACUCUCGUCGUCGUCCAGAGCCGUCCCAUGCUCCCUGCGUUAGACACCGACUCUGUUCUAUGGAAGAGCGACCGACGACCACUCGGUAGUAUAUUUGAAACGUUCGGACCCGUACAGUCACCUUACUAUUCUAUACGAUUCCAAUCUCGUGAUCAGAUUCAACAGUGUGGCGUUUCGAUGGGCAUGAGCAUCUUCUAUGCACCGAACAAUAAACAGUAUACGAAGUAUGUUUUUGCUAGUCAACUCAUGCAGUUGAAAGGUUCGGACGCAUCGUGGGAAGACGAUAUCGAACCACCACUGGAAGCUGUAGAUUUCUCCGACGACGAAACAGAGAAGAGAGCUAAUCAGCGUGUGAGACAACAGAGACAACCGCACACUAGUGUAAACCAACAUGGUGAUGGACGAAAAAGACCGAGAAAUUUGAGAAAGGGACAAAGAAACCGAAGGCAAAACAUCGAACCAACACAAUUUCAUGGGUCAUCUAGUUCUCAUCCUGCCGUCCAUCCUCGUCCUCAUCAUCAUCAACAACCACCUCAUCUAUCAAGUGUAGCUCCUCGCAUGCCAUCACCAAGGCCUCGACUUCCUUACCCACAACAUUCCCAGUCAAUGAUGCCUCCUCGUCCGCUACAAACUACAUCCUUGCUACAGGCUACACCCCCGGUGAUACCAGGAUUCGUGAAACAGGGUGUGAAACAGGAGAGUACUCUGCCCUCCGUCUUCUACCGACCGCCACCGCCCGGACACGUGGAGUCCUACCAACAGUGUUACAUCAUGUCAACACAAUUGACACAACAGGGAACACAGGACGGUCAACAAUCUCAGUAAUGAAGUGGCCAUAUUCGAUUACAAUCACCAACAUGUAAGACUACUACAUCACAACCAAACAAAAACAGAAAUCAUAGCAUAUCUCAUUGCUAGAGUGAGUGUCUUCCAAGAAGAAUAAGAAUAGAUUAUCUAUUAUUAAGUUGAU